UCCUCAUCCUGCGGACCCAGGAGCGCCACCCGGACGCUCCGUGCACCUCCCAGUCAGCCGCUCACUAUUUGUGCACCUCCGACGUUUAACAAGGAAACACAUAUUUGUGUUCAUUCCGAAGACUUAUUUAAGUAUUUGGAAAGAUUUUUUUCUUUACUUUUUCGGAAGCGUAAAUGAUUUUCCGGGUCAGUUUGGUGGUUUUUGAAAGCUCCGGUUUGAGAAAGAUGAGCAGCUUCCUUCACCUGUCUCUGCUCCUGCAGCUGGCGCUGUGGGAAACGGCAGAAGCCAUGCACCCAGACUGCGCUCUGGUGGUGCAGCACAUGAAGGCUCAAGAAGAAUGCUACCAUAUUCUUGAACAAGAGCAAAACAACCACUCUUUGAAGACAGGUUGCCCAACCUUUUGGGAUGAUAUUCGCUGUUGGUACCGGGCCGAGGUGGGACAGGUGGUCAGGGUCUCAUGUGCAAACGUCUCUCAGCUGUUUGCUGAUAACCAAGCUUAUGUUUAUAGGAACUGCACUGAGGAGGGUUGGUCCGAGCUCCACCAGCACUACCAUGAGGCCUGUGAGUUUGAAGACGAUAUAGAGGCAGAACCAGAGACGAUAUACUUCUCCAACUUUAAACAGUUGUAUACUGCUGGCUAUGCUACCUCACUCAUCUCACUUAUAUCAGCCAUUUUUGUUUUCACUGUUUUCAGGAAGUUUCACUGCACCAGGAACUACAUCCACAUCAACCUGUUCUUCUCGUUCAUCCUGAGAGCCAGUGCUGUCUUCAUCAAAGACCUGGUUCUUUUCUCUGAUGAAAAUUUGGACCACUGCUUCAUGUCAACCACAGCCUGCAAGUCCGCCGUGGCCUUUUUCCAUUUUAGUAUCCUGGCCAACUACUUCUGGCUACUGGUGGAGGGGAUGUACCUGCAGACGCUGCUCGCACUCACCUUCGUCUUUCAGAAAAAAUACUUUUGGUGGUAUAUACUAAUCGGCUGGGGUCUACCUACAAUAAUCAUCACAGCCUGGAUUCUCACUCGAAACUUCUGCAGUAAUAAUGGGUGCUGGGAUGACACAGAUGUGGCCUUCAUCUGGUGGAUCAUUAAGGGUCCAAUAACUGCCUCCCUACUGGUGAACUUUAUCAUCUUUCUGAACGUGAUCCGUAUUCUGGUUCAAAAGCUGACGUCUCCUGGAGUCGGUGGCAACGAUACAAGUCACUUUAAGAGACUGGCCAAAUCCACCCUGCUACUCAUUCCACUGUUUGGGAUGCACUACAUGGUGUUUGCCUUCCUGCCAGAACAUACAGGAGCAGAAGCCCGGAUCUUCAUCGAGCUCGGCCUGGGAUCUUUCCAGGGAUUUGUCGUAGCCUUGCUGUACUGUUUCCUAAACGGAGAAGUGCAGGCUGAGCUGAAGAAACGAUUUUGGAAGUGGCAGACUCAGAGUUACCUGAGCUACAGUAAACGACGGCGUAUGCUUUUCAACGAAAGCAGCACGGUCACACAGAUAUCCGUCCUGGACAAAUCCAGUCCUAAAGAGCAGCAGGUCUCCGAAGCACAUGCCCUUACACCCAACAGCAUGUCAGCAGUCUGAGAGCCAUCCAACAAGUCCAGCAGCUUUUUGCCUGGUACGUCAUUCUGUGCAGAGACUAAACCUUAGAGCCUAGUUGUUGAAGGUUAUUUUAAUUCUGAAAAAAUGUGAGACCUCUGAACUUACUGUGCAAGACGUCAGCAUUAGCCCACACACAUUUACAGCACAAUAAGCUUUCCCCCAAGACAAAAGAUUUUAGAGUGUUGGUGGGAAAACAUGUCAUGGUUUGAAUUUUUGCUUUGGGGCUACUCCUCCACAUCUUACUUUCAAACACUGAACCGUUUCUGCCAUUAAAAAAAAGAACAUUUAGAAAAACUUGUAUAACCGUGAACAGGAGAUUUGUUAGUUAAAGUUUAAGUGAAGUUAAAGGUGAAUGAAUGAAUGAAAAUAAGUGUUUUAAUGUAACACAGUUUCUAAAGCUUUGACUCACUUAUUUUUAAUAAGUUAUAUUAGAAUCCAUUUACAACUACAUCUGUCUGUUUACAAAAGUGAGUCUCAUCCAACUCCAUGAGAAGCAACAAAUUUUACUAUAUUAAAACAAAGUGCAUUUUGUAUAGUACACCAGAACCAACCAUUUUUGUCAGAUGUUCACAUUUAUGCAACAGACACACAAAUGUCAUACUGCAUACUAAAAUGCCUUGCGAUGCAAAAUAAUUUUAUUAGGAGUUACAGUUUUUCCUAAAUAUAGCCAGAGAUCUAGAUGGGAAUUGUCAGUCCAAAUCAAUGUUGAACGUAGAACCAAACUAAUACUUAAACCUUGAACAUUUGAUACACAGAAAGAUAAAAUCAUGCCUGCACUCAGAUUAUAGAUUGUUUUUAUCAGUUACUACUCCGACAAUUGUAAAAUUAUAUUUUUAAUUAUAUGAGUGACUGUUCUUUUUCAAUAGGUAAGGCAUGUUUUGCAUUUAACCUGCAGCGAAAAACUCAAGGUUUCCUACAGUCUCUCAGCUGUCAUGGAACAUAAACACUGUUUGGCCCAAAUUUUGCUGGCUCAGGAGCAAUUAAGACUCAAACAACAGUUCUCACACUUAAUUUAUUACCUUUACAGUCAAGGAAUUACAUAGGUUUCCAUGUUUGUUUUCAUCAGCCAUGGUCAGUCCCACUUAAAAUUCCUUGCACUGUUAUUGUCACUACCAUGCUCCACAAAGGUGGCUUUGUAUCCACUUUGUAUCCAUGAAACAGUGCGGGAACAUUCAAAUGGCGCGCCUCUGUGCAACUCCUCAAUUAACACGUUAACUCGGACCUUUAACACAUAUUUGAUACAUCUUGCUGAAGUGAGCCGAUAUAGGACAUGACACUGGACUCCAGCUUUUGAUCAUUUUAUCAGAACCGUCAAUGCUGCAGAAUAGAACAGACUGAAAAAGGUUUGCUGGGCGCGAUGACGCACCUUGGAGUGGUUGGACACUGAAUUACGCAGCCACUCCGGGUGGUUUAGAUAGAAAGUAAUGAUAUGUUGUGAUGCCUGUCUUAUACCAGUCAUGUGCAUUGCUCUUCACCCUCUAAAACGUAUAUUGGGAAACGCUCUUAAUAAUGUCCCAGAAGACUUCACCUAGGUGCUGGAAGAAGCAUCCACAUUAUGUCUGAUCUGUAACCUCGUGGCAUGAUCUAAAACUUAAGAAGGGAACCAAAGGGAUGAGGAAUGGGAGUUUUACCAAUCCAUACAAAGUUUCUCAAGGAACUACAAAGUCUAGAGUUGCAUAGUAUUAUUACUUGUUUGUCACCAAUUUGUUUACCUUUGUCCAUGAUCCUUGUAGACAUUUGUUUCUAUGACACCUGUGAUUUUUAAAAGAUUCAGAGCCGCUUUUUUUCUUUAACUUUGGUCGUUCUUGUGUUAUACUACCAGCCUAUUUAGGGGAUCAAAAUCCAUGAUCCUAUCUGUGGCUCUGGCUGCAACACGUUGCAAAGUGCAUUAGCACACAUCUGGAGCACUAGACUAUAAAGCCUUUUGUUGUGUCUUUGUGAAUCUACUGUGUUUUGUGAUUGUUGCGGUUCAUCCAACUAAUUUAUACAAUGACUACACUGAAUUUAAUAAAUCUGUUUGGCUAGGGAAUCUUUAUAAUGACAAGUUUGUGUUUACAUGCAAUCUUCUUUUACAGUAAGAUGUUUAAUGUUGCAGUUUUUCUGUACAAAUAUAUAUUAAGAAAACAUUGCAAGUAAAGUUGGGUUACUAUUCAUAAUGAGUGACAGGAUAGGUUGCCUCAAGGUUACAAACUUUGUAUCAGUGUAAUUUUUUCUGUUUUCACUCUGUAGGUAUUUUGCACACAUGUACAGCACACGCACACACACGUAUGUAUAUAUGUGUGUGUGUGUAUAUAUAUAUAUAUAUAUAUGUAUAUACAUAUAUAUAUAUAUGUGCAUGUGUAUAUAUUGCACACACUUUGGUUAAUGGAAGGAAAUAUAGGCCUCAGCUACUGACCACUACUGUGCCUUUUUCCAUGCAGUUUAUCUCAGUGUUUAUCAUCAGCGCAGGUGAAUUACACUUAAUCAUUUUGUGCAUCCGAAUCUAUGUCAUAUACAUAUUUUUACACUGAACUAUUCUGCCUCUGUGUAUUUUUGUAUUCUAGAGAGGAUGAGAAGAUUGUGAUUUAUUGUGAUUAAUUUGAGUUUAAUAUUCCCAUGGCAAGUGUGUGUACUCUGUUACUGUAUGGUUAUAAAAGCAGCAAACAUGUAAUAAUUCACUUCUAAAAUAGUCCUUGCUCUAUCCUUGUACUAAUAAAAUUUUGAGAAUGAGAGUCUUGAAAAGAACUUUUUCAUAAUAUGUCAUGUUACAGCUACAAACUUAUUUUUAAGGAUUUUAUGUGAUAGACCAACACAAAGUAUUGUAUAAUUGUGACAUAAAGGGAAAUGAAUACAUGGUUUUCAAAAGUUUGUUUUUACAAAUAAAAUUCUGAAGAAGUUGCAA